AUGGCGACUUUCUCAGGAUUACAUCUUCUCCUCUUCUCCUUCAUCAUAGCAACAGACUUGAACGCGAAUUGUCCUACCGAUCUACGCGUUUUGGAUGGGGGGAAUGUUGUGGCGUGUAAGAGCGCUUGCGAGGCUUUUAACAAACCGGAGUAUUGCUGCACCGGGCCGUUCAAUAAACCGGAGACUUGUCCUCCGACCGAUUUCUCGAGGAUAUUCAAAGCAGCUUGUCCCAGAGCGUAUAGCUACGCAUACGACGACGCUUCGAGCACUUUUACUUGUGCCAAUGCUAAUUACUCCAUCACUUUCUGUCCCUAA